AUGACGGGGUUCCACAAUCUGGCUCGAGACGGAUCAUGUGUUGAGACUGAGAGACUAAACGAUUUGCCCAAUCGCAAUUUACCCAUUUGCCCAAUUGCUCCGUUUCAAUUGAGAGGCGGCCGAAUUAAAGUGAGCCCAUCUGCCUGCCUCUUCUCUGUCGCCCUGGCUGUCCAUCCGCUUGUUUGUCUGUCGGCUAAUCCGUCCGUCUUAGCCUAUUGCUGGGGGCCGGGGGUACCCCAAUGUCUGACUACCCUUCGCCCUCCGCUUCGCCCACAGCAGCCAAAACCGUAUGGCAGGCAAGUGGCCGAGAUGCGACGAGUGGGAGCCACAGUGUGUAUUGCCCAUUUUGGCCGGCUGUCAGGCUGUGUGAGUGGCCGGUCCAUGUGGGGGACGGGAACGGGCGAUCGGCUGGAUUUCAACUCUAAUUGGAAGAUGAGAUGCGCCCGCUGUUCCGGUCUCUUCCUCUCGUCCCGGACGAGUGUCCAUUACAGAGGGGAGGCUGCUUGA